UUACAACAUAACCUAAUUUUUAAAAAACUGUCAAAUGGUUUUCUAAGUUGUUAUUAAACUUAAAUGAUUUUCAUGUAAUAACCACAUGGGAUUUAUAGAAGAUGAGCUCAAAGAGGUUAAAACUUUAUGCGAAAGAGUCGUGGAAGGUAGUAGAUUGGUGUCGUGCGUGCCGACGAUGGUCAGAACGGAAAUAAAAAGAACCGAACACAAAUCAUUGGUGGCUUGUAUGCAAUUUCCUGUUGCCUAUCCAAAAUCGCCCGUUUUACUUGAAUUAAAAAGUAAAUUUUUGUCGGAUAAAUUACUCCAAAAAUUGAUGUCAGUGUGUGAGGAGGAGGCGAAAAAAUAUUUGGGAAAAGCCCAGGUGAUUAAAGUUCUUCAAUUUUUAAGGAAAUUUAUCGAUGAAAAUCCACUUUCGUGUUGUUACGAUGAAAUAAAUGAAUUGAGAAAAUCUUUAAAUGCUGAAAUUGACGAGAUUCGAUUGAAACAAAAAUCUUCUAGUUUAGUUUUAAAAGUUAUUAAUGGGGGAUAUUUUUUAAAUGUUAAGAUUAUCGUUCCCGAUCAUUAUCCAUUACAAGCUAUUGAUAUUCACGAAACUGACACAAAUUUUCCACCAUCUUUUAAUAGACACAUGAUUUUACAAGCAAAGGAAAUUGCAAGACAAUGUGUUGAACCACCUAGAAUAAAAAACCCUCGAGAACCAGAAUUUAAACCUGUGCCAUCUUUAGGAAAAUCCUGUUCAUUUUUAAUUGACUGUAUUAAACGAUUACCCAACGAAAAAUGCCAAUAUUGUAAAGAAUUAUGUUUCCCCAAAAAUCCAAAUUUGGUAAUUAUUGAUGAAAAUUCACCACGACAUAUUGAAAGGGUUUAUUGUGGUCAUCUAUAUCAUCAGCAGUGUUUAUUUAAUUACAUGAAAGCACCUCCAUUUGGUAAUAAAACGUGUCAUUUUUGUGGAACGAGGAUUUCACAUCACAAGUGGAAGUUAUCUGAUCGAUUAGCUGAAGAUCGAUGGGCUCAUGAACAAGCUCGAGAAAGGGAAUUAGCUGAAGUGGAGGAUUUCUUUAAAUAAAUAUUUAUUUAUUAUUUUACUAAUUAAUAAAUUUUUUAUCUCUA